AUGGCGGAGUCAAAAGAAGACAUAACGCUGACCACUGAGUCGGUGGCGGUCAAGAGCGAACCAAUCUCGCAGUCGCCGCAGAUUGAGCCCAGCAGCACGCAGCCACCUAAAAAUGAAUCGGCCACAGAGCCUACGUAUCCGAAAUGGCACUACGUCGCUAUCGUGGCAGCCGGCUGCCUCAUCAUGAUGACCACCUGCUCCUUCGUCUUCGCCUUCGGAGUCUACCAAGCCCUGUACGAGGAGAUGGCAGCGGAGCCCAACACCCCCUUCACAGGAGCUUCGACGGCGCUCAUCGACCUCAUCGGCACUCUGGCCAUCGCGCUCAUGUCCAUGGCCGGACCCUACGCCACCGCCUGGUCGAAGAAAUACUCGCCGCAAGCCGUCAUCAUUGCCGGCGGCUGGGUGUUUGGAGUCGCCUACAUCCUGGCCAGCUUCAGCCGGGCACUGUGGCAUUUUGCCCUAACGCAGGGUCUUCUACUUGGGGUUGGAUGCUGCCUCGCCUACGUGCCCACCAUGUCCGUGGCCCCGACCUGGUUCAGCGCCCGCCGCGGCCUGGCCAUGGGGGUAAUUAUCUCUGGUACCGGCAUCGGCGGCAUGAUGUGGCCGCCCGUCCUGCGGGCGAUGAUCUCGCAUAUCGGGUUCCGCAAUGCCCUUCGGGUAUCUGGCUGUAUCGCCACGACGAUCGUAACGGGCGCUGGCGCCGUUCUUCGCUGGGAACCGCGAUUCCACGCCAACUUGAAUGCCCGACAGCAGGCGCAACAACAGCAGCCACAAUCCCAGUGGAAGCAGCUCCUUACCGUCCCCCUCGUCGACCGCACCACCGCAUUCUCUGCACGUUUCCUCGCCCAAGCAUCCGGCUGCUUCCUGCAAUCCGCCGGGUACACGACCCCGCUCUUCUUCUACGUUGCCUUCGCCCAGACCCUGGGCUACAGCACCACCACGGCCUCCACCUUCCUGACGGUGAGCAACGCCUCAAACUUCGUCUCGCGGAUCGUGCUGGGCUACCUCGCCGAUAAGUUCGGGCGCAUCAACGCUCUCGCCGCGACCACGCUCGUCAGCGCCGUGGCAGUCUUCGCCUUCUGGCUACCUGCCACAUUUUCCCCAGAUGACGGAGUCUCUCAAGCAGCUGCACGCGGCUGCUUCGUCGUGUUCACGGUGCUUUACGGGGCGUUUGCGAGCGCGUACAUCUCGCUGUUCCCGGCCUCAUUGGUGGAGGUGUUCGGGGUGGACAAGUUUACGAGCGUGAACGGAGUGCUGUAUCUGAUCCGGGGGAUGGGGGCGUUGGUGGGCACCCCGUUGGUGGGGCUGUUGAUCCCCGAGCGCACGGCGCUGUUCGACGCUGGGACGUAUCGACGGGCGGCGGGGACGGUGGGUGCGUUGCUGAUGGCUGCGGCCGGGGCGUGUUUCUGGGUAAGGUGGGAGAUGAGGGGCAGUAAUAAGGGGUGGAGAGUGUAG